UCAGCUCCACCCUUAGAUGCUGCAUAGCUAGCACCUCCAGCUCUCAAUGAAUGGAAGUCACAGUGCAAGUUAUCAGUCUUCAUUUAGCCGAAGCUCUCCCUCCUGGACGGUACAACCUACACUGCUCAGCCCAGACACAUGAAGGAGGCUUCGUUAGCUCCUCCAUACUCGAACUGAACGAAGAGAAAAGAGUGAUAGAAGGAAACAGCACCGCCUUAGUUCAGACAACUAAGAAACGCGGCAAGAAAAGUACACCAAAAAAUGAGGAAUGGAUGAGGUUUACAUAUACUUUCCAGCACCCUCAUUCAACCAUCACGUUGUUCAUGAAACUCACUGACCUUUCUGUGGCUGAUAACCAAAUUGAGCUGGCUCGCUCACUUCUUCCUCUCUCUUUUAAGCCAGAGCUUGGAGCUGAGCCUCAGAUACAGUGCAGACCGGCCUUCCUUACUUCAAGCCUGCAAGACCUUCCAGUGACUGAGCACAUUGGGCGACUAAUGCUAACAGCAACUGCGACGUAUAAAGGAAAAGGAGGAGGAGGAGGGAGAAGCCAGGAAUUGAGUAAUGAGAUGACUUGGAUUGAUUUAGAAUCAACACAAGAACAGUUUCCAUUAAUGAACGUGACACUAGCAGAGAGUCAGAUAGCUUUUGGAAGAAGCCAAGAAACAUUAAACUCAGCUGGCACAGCCAACACUCAUACUCUUAUGCAUGUCAGUGACAUUCUAACAUUCCCACAGCAAAAUGGAGCAGUUUUGACUGUAAUGUUUCAUUCUUUUGCAACCGAAGACACUCUCUCAACUUUCCAGCCUAUGAUUAAGCAAGACCCAGCUGAUGAGAGGAUAAAUUCUGCUCAUCAGCAUCCAUUUGCUGUAUGGAAUGUAGAACAAACACACAAUCGAGCUUUCCAAUAUUCAAAUAUUUUGAUGGAAGAGAGUCAGUUUGUCACACAAGACAUAUUUAGUCUUCAUUUAUUCAAGAGUAGCAGACCCAAGCCUAUAUUUUCAGCAUAUGAAAAUGUAGGUGAGCUACUACCGUUCUUUUACAUUCAUAGAUGCUGGCUACUUGAUAUAGACAAGCCCACGCUUCUCACUGAUCCACUGAUGAAAGCUAGUAAGCACAUUGUCACUUCACUGAGCUACACUCCACCUGUUUCAGCUUACACAAAGUUUAAUGGCCUUGAGCUGGCUGUCAUGAGAGUCAAAACAAGCAGAGACGAAAUGAGAGAGUUCGUGCUAACAGUUGAAAUUGUGUACAAAGGAAACUCUGAUGAUUCAAGUGAACCCUUGUUCCUUAGACAAGUCAAUUCAUUACUCACUGAUAGAAAGAUUGCAUUACUUCAGACAAGCAGCGAAUCUCAGAACAAUCCAAUUUAUUUCUUUUUUAAAAACGACAGCACAUUCAGCGAGUCCAUACAAAGAAACUCGCCAACACUGCUCCUUCAUAUUUACUCGGUAGACAGACUCUCUACUGAAGCAUGGUGGGAGAGUGAUGUGAUCUGCUUAGCUGAGCAAACUAUUGAUAAUGCCAUGUAUCAAUCUCUUAUAGAAGAUGCAUCAAUGGAUGGCCUACGAUGGUCAAUACACUGGCAACAAGCCGAUUUAUCACUGGAAGUUGUUAUUAGAUGGAAAACAAUAAAUAUGCCAUUUCUACAACCAAUGACAGAUGAGGAGCUACAUUCAUUACUAUUAAUACCACAUGCUGUAAUAGAGUCUACUGAUGGAUCACAUUUAGAUCACCACGCCAGCUCUAUCAUUGAAGCAACACAAUAUCUAGAACUUAUUGACAAGUUGACAGACCAGCUUCAGCAACUACAGGGAGAAAACGCACAUCUACAAGAGGAGAAGGGCUAUCUGAAAGGACAACUUGACCAGCAGAUGCAGCAGAUUAUUGCAUUAACUUCUAAAAAUUCCAUUGAGCAUAUGGAAUCAUUGCCAGAGCUUCAAGCUCUAAGUAAAAGUGAUUUGAUUCAUGAAAUCAUGAAAUUUCAAGAAGCACUAAAAUAUGAGCGAGAACAAAAGGAAUUAUACCAACAAAAAGUCCUCGCAGUCCAAAAUGAGCUACUUAGCUCAAAUAAUUCCGAGAAAGACUUUCUUGCACUUCAAGAUGCUCACAGGUCACAGCAAACACUGGUCAAGGACCUCCAAAGGAAAGUAGACAAAUAUUACCAGUGCUAUGAGACAUCAAUGCAACAGGAGAAGGUCAUUAAGCAAUUAGAGGCAAUUAUAGCGCAACAGGAGAAAGAGAAGUCGAAAGAAGCAGAAAAGAAAAGAGUAGACAAGUACAGUCAUUUUGAUGAAAGCAAUGAAGAGCAAGUUCCAGAGAUUCUUGAUCGUGUGAAUCGCUUGGAACUCAUUGCAAAUACGGCUCAUUUCAAUGAAGCUAACUUUGCUGCAGUGAUGGAGCAAAGUGCUGCAAGGGAGCAUCUUUUAAGAGAAAACUUGAGAGUAAUGCAGGAAACAAUAUCACAGCUGAAAAAAGAAAAUGAUAGACUUAAAGAAGCUAAACCAAGAGAUGAAGGCUCGUCACGUCUAAACAGAGGCAAGAGAACUGAUCCGUUAAGAACAUUUUAAUCAUUUUUUAAUUAUAAUUAAUCAUUCACUAUUACAUUGUGUGUUAUGGUCAUUUACUCUGGCGCUGCUCUAUUAUUAGAAAUGAAUUCACAAUAGGGACUGUAUUCCUGAAAGU